CAGAGAAGCCCAUGCCAGGUUGCUGCUGAUCUGACGCUCUACUGCGCACAAGGUGUUCGAGGAAAUAUGAUGACUUCGGGAUCAAGAUCUGAUGCAUUCAAUCAGUCCCAUGUGUCUGACCAUGAACGAAGACUGAAUGAGCUGAAAUAUAAAGUCAGAGAAGUUAAUCUACCACAAAUGGAAUGCAUCAAUGUUAUGAAACAAAUGAAAACAGAAGCUUCAAACAGGGAUAAAUUAAAACACUUCACUAUGGAUUCCAGAGCUGAAGAAGAUGUUGACUUAAGGAGCCAUGAGGGAAGUGGUGAGGAAACUGAAUCGGAAGAUGGAGAAGAUGGCUCUGAACAUGGUGAUGAAACUGAAUCGGAAGAUGAAGAAGGUGAGUCUAGACAAGAAGAUGAACAUGAAGAAGAAGAGGAAGUUCGACAAGAACAAGAGCAAACACAUGAAGUUGUAGAGAAGACUAGAAGAGGACCUACUCACUUGAGGCGCUUCUGGAAAGAACAUGAUGUUGAUAACAAGAUUAAUUUGAAGUUCAACAGAUUUGGCCAGCCAUGUGGUUUGAAUACUUGCAAGCUGUCAAAUUUUAUUGGAACCCUAGUGAAAGGAAAAGAAAUGUCCUUAGCUGCUCAAAACUGGAGCAAAGUACCAAAGUUGGAGAAAGAAAAGUUGUGGGGUUCUGUCCAGGCUUUUUUCAACAUUGAUGAGUCAUACAAAAGAUGGGUGUUGAGAUCAGCUAGUAAAAAAUGGAAAGACUUCAAGGUUGUUUUAAAGAGGAAAUACUACAAAGCUGAUUUGUCACGGGCACGGAAUAUUCUUAAUGGUUGUGAUAAUAGAAUUCCAAUUGGACAGUGGGAGUGGCUAGUAAAACACUGGAGAACAGAGAAAGCUAAGGAAAAAUCUGAGAGAAACAAAGCCACUCGGGCAUCACAACUCGAGGGAUGCAACGGGACCCACACGGCUGGGUCACGAAGUUUUGCAGUUGUCCUUGAUCAAAUGGAGAUGGUAGAGGGUAGUGAAAUUGGGCGUGCCGAGCUUUACAUGGUUACGCAUACAAAAAACAAUGGAUAUCCAGUCAACCAACAAAGGCGGAGUAAAAAUGGAUGAAAUUAAAAAGGAUUCAGGAAGAUCCUUCUUUGAUUGGUGAGGAGGCCCGUGAUGGUGAUCUUUAUUCAUCAAUUUUCCCAAAAGGAAAGAAAGGAAGGCCAAGUGGCCUUGGUCUAUUAGUAGGUGGAGUCGCUUCGAAGUGCCUUGCUCAAGUUGAAGCUGAACUACAUGUUGCUAAACAAGAGAACAUGGAGCUUCGGCAUGUGGUGCAUACUCUGGUGGCAAAUCAAACUUCAAUAAUGGCCAAGAGUGAGAGAAUGGCAGAACAGUACAAUGAGCUAAAGAGUUUGAUCAUAGCUUCUAGGGGGUCUGUUGAAAUGGGAGGAAUUCCAGAAAAGGAGCUUCCAAAUAAAGAACCUUCUAAGGACUUGGAAAUCAGGAAUGACGAAGAACAAGCAACUUCACUUUCAUAUACUACCAAGGCAUCCGAGGCAAUGGCUGAUCCAAGGCAAUGGCUACUCUAAGUUGGUGAAGGCAUCCCAACUGGAAUCAAAGAAAACAGAAUCAGCACUACCAAGUCUUGCGCCUGUGCCAAAACCAAAGAAGACAAAGACAACUAAACAUAAGAAACCAGGAAUAUUUCAAACACCGCUCCAAAAGGGGCCAAAGGACGGAUUAGAAGAUACCAUAAAGUGUGGCAUGGAAGUUAGUUUGACGUCGCCAAACAGUGCAAGUGUGGUGGCAAUGGGAACAAUUCAGAAAACUGAUAGAAAAGCUAAAGCUACUGAUGGCCAACCACUAGCUGAUUGUGUUGAAGUUCUUGUCAACGUCGUGCUCAAAGAAACAACUGAGCUGCCUCGUGCACAAGGGAAAAUAAACAAGAUAGGAAAUGCCCAAGCUAGGUGUAUUCCAUGGCCACGCAAAAAUAUUACGCAAACAGACCGUACUACCGUGCUGCACUCUAAGGUUUCUAGUGUUUGGAGUCAGAUGUCUUUCAACAAUAGCGAGAAUGUGGAUCCCAACGAAACAACUACUGGAACUCAGGUGACCAACCAUCAGACUGGUUGCAGUACUUCAGAAGGUGCAGUGAGGAAUACACUAAAGAGAAAGAAAGUUUCUGAGACAACAAGAAUGAAAAAAGGUACUCAAGCAAUCUCUACUACAACCGGAAACAACAUACUUAGGAAUUCAGGCAGGGAAACAUGAAAGAUGGUCAUAGAUGCCAUCCGAAAGUCGAAGUUGAAGGUGACACACAGCUGAUUGGUUUCUGUACUUCCAAUUGAUUGCAUCAAGCUGGAACGCUCUUUAAUUACAUUGUUUUUACAAUAGUAGGCAGUGUACCUCUGUGUUACAUUGUUAUCACAACAGUAGGCAGUGUACUUGUGUUACAUUGUUGGCCCUGUGUUGCUGAUUGAUACUUUGAUGUUGCUUUCGAAUUUGUGAAGAUGUUCUAAUGCUUUACAUUAUUCUCUUGCACGAUGGUACUUCUAGUCCAUGCAAGCCUCUCAAUCUUGUUCUACUAUUGUA